GUGGGUUAUUAUCAGGAGGAUGUUUUAUUAUCUGUCAAUCCAGUGUUCUGAUGACCGGUACCGGUAGAAGGUGUUAGUCAAUCUUUUCUAUUUAAAAGAAACAGGAGCUUUGUUACCCAAGGAAGAGGACAGUGAGGUAUAAUGCCAGGUUAUGAUAAAGAAAAGCCUAAUCUCUCUCCUCAUCAGUAUGCUAUUGCUGGUGCUGGAGCAGGUGCAGUUACUCGUUUUCUGUGCCAGCCGUUCGAUGUUCUCAAGAUCAGGUUUCAGUUACAAGUAGAGCCUAUAAGUAAAAAUAUCUUGGAAUCAAAAUAUCAAGCCCUCCAGCAGGCUACAAGAACAAUCUUAGCUGAAGAAGGUCUGCUCGGGCUCUGGAAAGGACACAACCCUGGACAGUUAUUGUCAAUUUCUUAUGGUUUAAUUCAGUUUCAGGCAUUUGAAUAUUUAACAAGGGCUAGUGAAAAAUAUCUUAACAUGAAUGCUAAAUCACCUGGUGUGCAUUUCAUAUGUGGCUCUAUUGCGGGCGCAGCUAGUACAGUUGGCUCUUUUCCAUUUGAUGUGGUCAGGACUAGAUUUAUUGCGCAAGGAAAUGAGAAAAUGUACCUAUCUAUGUACCAUGCUUUUAAAGUCAUGCUGAUAAAAGAAGGACCUGUUGCAUAUUUUAGAGGGUUGACUCCAUCGCUGCUUCUUGUAGCACCUCAGGCUGGAGCAACAUUCACCUCUCAUAAUAUUCUAGUGUCAUUAUUUGUUAAUUUUAAAUUGAUUGGGCCUGACAGAAAACCAUCUAUUGUUCAAAAUCUUAUAAUCGGUUCUUUAGCUGGAACCAUAGCUAAAACGUUGGUCUACCCAUUGGAUUUGUCCAGAAAAAGGCUGCAGAUUCAAGGUUUCCAAGAAGGGAGAAAAGGUUUUGGAAAGAACUUUUAUUGUAGAGGGAUGAUUAAUUCCAUUUACUUGACUGUUAAAAAUGAAGGUUUUGCAGCCCUAUACAAAGGACUUGCUCCGAGCAUCUUAAAGGCUGCAAUUACAACAGCUCUUCAUUUCACUACUUACGAUGUUGUAUGCCAGUUUUUUACUGUUUUAAACAGCAGUAGGUAAUUGAUCAGUUGUUACUCAUUUUUUAUUUUUGUGCCUUAAAUAUCAUUUCUCGAUUAUAAAUCAUAGUAAUCCGGUUAUUUAAGACUGAUUAUUUAAGUAUUUGUAGAUUCUAAAAUGAAAAUUUAUAUAGAAAUUUUGCAGGAAAUUGUUGUGUAUAACAAAUAUGAAAUGGAUAGUCUUGAUAAUAGAUAUGAAAAAUUAUGGCAUUGUAUAUAUUUUUAAUUGUAUUUAUCUAUAAACGAAACCAACUGUAAAAAUCUUUUCAGCUUAGCUAUUUCAAAAUGUUCGUAUGUUACUAUGCAAACUUUCUAAACAAAGUCUUGCAUUGUUUAUACUUUUAGUACUUUCAUUUACAUUUUUCAAAUACAAUGGAACCUCUUUUGCCCAGGACUGUGAUAAAUGCCAAUCUUUAGGUUAUUUGUAAUGAUGAGAUCGAUGAUAGGUACGAGUUGUAAUGAUGAGACUUUUAUUUUAAUAUACGCUUAUAAACUAAACUAUAAUAUAAGUUUAUGAACUAAAUUAUUUAUAAGCAUGAGUUACUUUCAUUUUUAUUGUAGUGUGUACUCUGUUUUUGAAAUGAACCUUUGUUUAAUUGUUAGUAAUGUAUAUAGUGGAUCCUAUCUUAAGCAUAUCAUUUAAAUUAAAAUUAAUUUCAGACUAUUGCUUUUUUAUUGUGUUUGAUUAUUAAAUAUGUUAGAAAGUUAAGUUUUUACUAAAAAAUAUUAUUAAAAAGUGAUCUUAUUGGAUCACAAACAUUGUUUACCUAUUUUUAAACAUACACAUAUA